GUUUUAUACAGUGUAUAGGAGAGUUCACCAUGAGCCAUUUCAGAGCCCAAACCUGCUUUCAUUUAAGCUGGUGACUAAUUUCUUACGGCUUUCAGUAGGAUGCAGUAAAAUACAUACCAAUUAGUUUCUCAUUUAAACUAUCUGGUUUAAAUGAGUUCAUUGAAUUAGAAUGUUCAGGCUUUUCUACGCUAAUGUCCCUUGCGGCAAGUUUUGUGUAUCGUAUUAGGAAGCUAUUUAUAACAAGUCUUUUAUAAAAAUUACAUUCCUUUGUCUCCUACCUAAUGGUCUGUUUAUGUGGCAUUUUAAAAUAGGUGAUGUUUAUAAGUAUUUUAUGAAAUGAUAAUGUUAGAAACAAAAAUAGCUUCAGUUUGUGCUGUUUUCUGCUACAGUUUUUAAAAACUACUUUCCCCCUUUGGGUCCUAACACCACUCCCCCAAGUAUUUAUUUUUAAUCCCUUCAUAAACUGAAGCGGACUACAUGUCAAAGCCAGGAACGGAUCCUUUACUGUAUGCUUGCAUAUUUCAUUAUGCUACAUAAAUAAUGCAAGUAAAUCCAAAAGAUACAAAAGCCACACAGCCACAGGUUGGCAGAACAGAGAAGCGGACACAGAGAUUGGGCUUCAAUGCUUGAAGGUGUAAAAGAAGGGUUAGGUUUAAUGCAAGGCAAAAGUCCACACGAUUCUAGUGAAUAACUUAGUUAUUACAAAAGAGAAACUGAAUCUGCCUACUAGUGUUAUUGCACUGAAAGGAGAGAUUGUACCAUCCCCUCUUCCAAUUGCUGGUGUUGUAAAGGACUGGGGAUAACUGUAGGGAAUAAGGAAGUUAGAGACAUUUGAUUCUCACUUGUCUUUGGCCAUUCAUCUUCUGGAUUUGCUCACUGCUAACAGAAUAUCCCAUUUUUAGGAAGAGAGCAGAGUAACCAGUCAGGACAUGCUCUGAAAUUGGAAAAAAACAAAUCGCAGUUUACUCUAAAAGAGAAGAAUAAGGCUUACAUCCGCAAGGAAGGAUAAUGCUGUGCGUUGUGUGCUUUGGAUGGGUUUUAAUUAAAAUAGAUUGUUCAAAAGGCAGUAGAGGGAGACAAAAGAGGACAGGCUUGUAGCAGGUGAGUUUAUGCAUGCUCCUGUCUCUUCAUCUUUCAUUUCUUAAAACAAGCUGGACAGCCUAAGUAACUAGGUUACUCUGAAAACAAAGUCUUUUGCUCCAUGCCUCUUACCGCCUGUGGUACCCUGUUUUUGCACAAUAUUUUUAUUGGCGUACAGUAAAAUUAGCCAGGUCUUGCUCAACUAAGUCAAAAGUAUACUUUCCAUCUAGCUUCAACAAAGCCACACAUCUGUAUUUUUGUGACUGAUUUGCUAUUUGAGACUGUCAUCCUUUGUAUUUAAUUUUUAAUUUGUAUUUUUAAUAAUUAUAUAUUGUAAUUUAAUUAUAAAUUCUGUUCUUAAAUCUUGUACCUGACAGAAUUGAAGUCCAGGCACUUUCCUGUUGAUACUCACAUUGGCACUGAGUUACAGUAUUUGGUAAUUUGAUCAUGAAAGAAUACUAAGAAUGACGUUCAUUGUUUUUAAGAUAAAGUAUGAUUGAUUUGGAUAACUUGCACAAUUUAAGCAUAGUAAAGGCAACAGUCACCAGUUCUUAAGUUACCUAUUGCAAUUAAAUAUUCAUAAAGGAAAAGAACACCUUCCAAUAUCCUGCAAAUCUCUGUCUUUCCCCUAUGUCGUCAUCAACUGUGUAGCUUUUAUAAGAGAUUGAUGAAAGGGGCAAUGCCUUUAAAGAGGUCUUUUUUUUCAAGAACAGACUGUUUUUUACCUUAUGUCUUGGUUAUCUAAUUGUGGUUCUGAUGACUAGGUAAGUCUCAAACAGUUAAUAAGUUUACAGGUCACUUCACAGAGUCAAAGCCCUGGCAUUUUAUGGCCUUCUAAUGAGCCGUUAAACUGGAGAAGAGGUAAUUAAAUAUGGUACUCUGGUACAAUGUACAUAGUACUGACUCCAGCUCUCUGAUUUUAGGUUCCUCAGAAGACGAUGAGGUCAUUCAAGAAGGUCUCCUCAGGCUCAGCAGGGGCGAGUAAAGGUGGAGACGAGCCCGGGAAGUUGCCGGAGCAGGAGGAAGAGGAGGAAUCCCAGGUUUUGCACGGGACAGGCCAUUGCAAAUGGUUCAAUGUGAGGAUGGGGUUCGGGUUCAUCUCCAUGAGCAAUCGAGAGGGAAGCCCCUUGGAGUCUCCAGUUGAUGUCUUUGUACACCAAAGCAAGCUUUACAUGGAAGGAUUUAGAAGCCUAAAAGAAGGAGAACCAGUGGAAUUUACUUUUAAGAAAUCUUCCAAAGGCCUUGAAUCAAUACGGGUAACAGGCCCUGGUGGGAGCCCCUGUUUAGGAAGUGAAAGACGACCCAAAGGGAAGACAGUACAAAAAAGAAAACCAAAGGGAGAUAGAUGCUACAACUGUGGUGGCCUUGAUCAUCACGCUAAAGAAUGUAGUCUACCUCCACAGCCAAAGAAGUGCCAUUACUGUCAGAGCAUCAUGCACAUGGUGGCUAACUGCCCCCAUAAAACUGUUUCACAACAGCCCACUAGUUCUCAGGGAAGACAUGAAGCUGAACCACAGCCUUCCACUUCUGCUUUCCUGAGAGAAGGGGGAGCAACGUACGGCUAUUCAUCUCCAUCGUAUUCUCAGGAGGGAAGGUCAGAGAUAUCAGAGCGUUCGGGCAGGUCACCACAAGAAGCUUCUUCAAGUAAGUUAUCUGCAUCACCUGAAGAACCAAGCAGAAAGGGGCCUUCUGUUCAGAAAAGGAAAAAAACUUAAGAGCUUUUGUCAUAACUUUCUAUUUUCUUUAUCCUCUUGGGAUGUCUACCUCAUGCAAUAGAGGGGAAAUUAUUUCAUUAUCAGUAGCUGACCUGGAAUUUUAACUACUGUUGAGGAACUGUGAAUUUUUUUUUCUUUAAUAGACAAAUCACUCCAAGCAAAAUACAUAUGAGCAGGGUGUGUUAAGUUUUACCUUCUGUAUGUGUGUAUAUGAGUGUGCACGCGCGUGUGUAUGUGUACAUAUCUAUAAAUAUAUAUAUAUAUUUUCCAUCAAACACUCUCCAACUCCCACAAUACAUUAUUGUGAAGCAAUAGAUACAGUAUCCAAAAAUGUUCCUGAACUCAUUCUUAGAAGCUAUUUUCAAACACACUCGAAAAAAACAAAUGAGAAAAUACAAGAAAUCUCUCUCACAACCACACCAAACUUGAAAAACCACACACAGACCUGAGAUCAAGACUGUUACUUUUCUUUUGAACCAAAGGAUACUUUCAUAUUUUAAAGCUGCCAUAUGGUACUAAAGAUACUAGGACAUCCCCAUAGCAUCAAUUUGAGUUAUUUUCUUUCUCAUAUCUAUGAAGUAUCAAUGCCUUUCCCCUUCUUGUGCCUGUGAAAGGCAGUGUCAUGACUAAAUAUGGCUCACACUGCCACCAUCCUUUGUUGAUGAGGAGUUUAAAGCUCCAGGAAAGACAAUGAAUGUGUGGUUUCUGUGCUGGUUUCUCAAAAUGUUUUGUUAAAUUAAUAUGGUUGUAAUUGUAAUUUAGAUGACUGUUGCAUAGGGGAGAAUGUAUAAGUUGUUACAGACCCUUUUGAGCGGUAUCAGGAUACCAUCCUGUUUAACCCUCUGUAUUCUGUGAAAGUUUAGAGGACCUUGGUGGCAGUGGCAGCAGCAGCAGCAACUUCUUUUGGUCCCAAGUAGUCCUCAUCAAUUUGAAGGGACUUACCCCUUGUUUGCUAUUGAAAGGUCAUGGAGAGAACUCCAUAGGGAUUUUGUUGUUGUUGUCUGUUUUGUUUUUUAAAGAAAAAGAAAUGCAAAGCUAAUAAGAUCCUGGGAUAAAUAAUUCUUUAAGAAUAACGGUAGAUGGGUACUUGCAGUUGCUCAGCCAGCCUCCUGUGAUGAUACAGCAUGUGUACAGUAAAGAACGAUAGGAGUCUGCUGCAGAGCAGCUUUAGUGCAGGGACCUGCAAACUUGCUAGAAGCCCUGGGCAUCACCUACUUCUUGCAAACUGGAGACUGUUGCUGGGCAGCCUUUGUCUAGUGUGUGCUGGGACCACACGCUUCUUCAUUAAAGAUGAGAAAGAUUGGUGGCCUCAGAGUGAGACUCCCUGGGCUGCAGCCCUUGCUCGGGGUUAAUGGAGUUGGAGCCUAUCAAAACUUCAAGUCAUGUUCCAUUUGUAACGUCUCAAUUACCAAGUCAUACAUAAGAUAACAUACUUUGACAAAUCCCAUUGCAGAUGUAAGUUAAUUAGAGAAACUUGUAUAAUCCUUAACAUUGGCAAUAAACAUAGGCUGUUAUAGCUUGAAAGAGUCAGGUAGGUUUAAGCUCAGAUAAUCAAGAAACAGCCUGCAUGAAAGGCUACAGUGAGCCAAAAUCCUAUCUGCGGUAACUCUUUUGUAGCCGAUAGUUACAACAGGUAGGCAGCUGGCUCAUUACGUGACCUUCCCCCUUCCCCUGCCAGAGGAGACUUUUACUGUUGCUGCUGCUGCUGCUUCAGUAAAGAGUUAGUAACCAAAUGCCUCAGUGAAGGGCACAAUUUCAAGAGAAUUAUUUUGUGUGAAUUCCUUGCCAGUGUUUGCGAGAAUCUCGAUGGUUUAUACUGAAGUUCUCAGUAUGCUAAUGCAAAGCUUACCUUUGACGAUAUUGAAUGUGAUAUAUCUAUAGAGAACUUCCUUGCCUUACGUAAGGAUAGUAAACUUAUUUAAAUUAUGUAGACAAAUCAAAGUGGCAUUGCUUAACCUUCUAGCCGGUGUAAAAACCAGGUUAAACAGCAAAGAUGCAAAACUUAGGUCACUUUGAAAAUUUAAACCAAAGUUCCUUAUAGAAAUAGGCAGUUGUGGAUUUGAAAACUGGUCAUUCCCUGUUUAUAUGUAAGAAGUUCAGAGCUGAGAUAAGAAAAUAAUUUCAACAUGCAGAAUUCAGUGGUGCUGUUUGAAAUCAUUGUGUGCACCAAAGUCAGACUGAACUGCUAAGAGCACAUACCAAACCCUAUCUUAUUGUUGAAAGCUUAAGGUUUUAUUUUUAUAUAUUAGAAUGUUAUCACUAUUACAUAACAUACUCAGGACAAAGAACUUUGCUCAGGGAAUAUACCAUGUGAUGUUGUUUUUUCUUUACAGAAUAGUCUACAGACCUGCUUACUCAGAACAAACCAAAUAGACCUUUUUAUCUCUAUAUAAGUAUUAUGUACUGAUAUUAGUAACUACCUCUGAGCUGACAUAGACCUACAUUUCUGAUAAUCAGAUCUCAGCAUUUUGUAUUAUAAGUUCCUGUGAAAUGAUAAAGUGGUAUUCUGUACUGGUUGCUUAUGUGAGCAUUUGUGUCUUUACAUUCACAGGGUCUGAGUUUUCAGAGACGCUGGGCAACCACAGCUCCCAUUGACUUCCAGUUGGAGUUUUUGGUGCUUAGCCUUUCUAGAAGGGAAGGGAGGGGGGUUGGGGGUGGAGAGGGGAAGAAAAAAAAAAACAGAAAAACAUCAAGCCACUUUGUUUACAUAGGUGACAAUAAAAUUAUUAUUCUGUUUACAGCAAAAGGCUACCUCAUAUUUACUGCAUAAACACACCUUUGUGCUGCUCUGGCCUUAAAGGUGGCUGUUGAUCUAUGGUACAUACUUUUUAUCUGUACUAAAUAUGUAACUGGUAAUUCACCACUGCAUACAUUAUGGCAAAUACUUGUUUAAGAUGAAGCAUCCAUUUGAAAUUAGGAGAAGACUCCAAACAUUUCUUUAAAAGUUUUUAUUUUUCUGUCUAAAGGAUUAUGGGCACUGUUCACAAAAAUGAAUACAUCUCGAAAAAGACAAAAACAUACAUGCCUCAGUUAAACGUAUAGUAGCAUGAGCUGUGGCAGGUAACUACUUAGCACUGGGCUGCUGUAGAAAAAUCUAAUUAUGCUCCUUCAAUAGGCUGCUCCAAAUAAGCAAAGUACCCUUUAAAGGAGGAGGCACAGACUUGAGUUUGGAAUUUUUCCUUUGCCUCUAAGGAUGAAAUUAAUAUUCUGCAGCUUGGCUGAACCUUGAUUUCGCCUAUUCACCAGCCUGUCCUUGCCAGAAUGCCUCACAAUAAAACUAGUUUGAGUAGAAAUAGUUGAAAUUUCUGCUCAGAGAGAUCUAUUUUUCUCCUAACAAUACUGGAGAUAAGGUUAAACUUGUAACAACAGUAUCUCUGCCUUCCAUCCCCUCAUCCCAAAAUACUCAAUUUGAUUUAAUCAUAAGAGACAUUGUGAGAUAUUUUUUAUUCUCCCUCAAGGAGAUUUAAUGGUAUAUACUAGACACUACAAAAAUGAGGCCAUGAGGAAGAUGUAUAUUUGGAGGAAGAGCCAAAUAACUUUUUAGGAUAGCUGAUGGUAAAUCUGGCAUUACAAUAUCAUCUGAAAUUUUUGCUUUUAGCCAGCUUUCAGGGAAUGCCAAACAAGACAUUUGGAUCUUACCUCUUCCCUUUGAAAGCCACCUUUUUCAGUUAAUUUUUCCUUUGCGCCAGUGCUGGAGUUCCUGCUUAGUCAUACUUAGUUUUGUGAAUAGAGCCCCAUAAAAAGUGUUUAUAGAUCUUGUAACAUUCUUUGUAAGAAGAAUUAUAAAAGAACAUGGGAAAUCUCAUUGAGUCUUAAAUUUAAUUUAAUUAAUUUAUCUGUAAGAAAUGUUUAUCAUAAAAAAUAUAUAUGUAUUCCCCUGUGCUAGAUAUAAAAGUAAUUGGGAAGAUAUGUACGUGUGCAGAUGCACUGAUUUUAAUUUUCUAGAAGUCUUAAUGAGAUUUGAUUAUUGUUUUAGAAACAAGCAGAGCCUUGUUAAAUGCAUCAAUCUUAUUUUGCUUAGUACAUCAACAGCCUCUUCUUUAAGAAACGUUGGUUGUGUUACCCCUGUUAUAACUGUUGACUAAUAAUAAGAGGUUGAUCUAUGAACACACAUUUCUGUUUUAUACUAAAACAAAGCUGUAAGUUAGCAGCUCUAGUAGUGUUUUUAUGAGAAUGUUGAAGAGUACCAAGGUAUUUGCUACCAUUGUCAUUAAACCAAAUGUAAGAGUAACCAGCUUUACAAAGGAUAAUGGUUUUGACUACCUCUUGGAUUACUAAAUUAAGCAACAACUGGCUGACAAACAUCACCAGACUGGCUUAAACUAGUAUGUGUUGCUUGUGGUAAUAAUAACAAUAACCAUACUAGAGACCAAAGUGAACACUGAUUUCUAUAUGUCUUUAAUACUGUGUCUUAUCUAGUGUUUUUAAAUUAUCUUCUGUAGUGUAGAUUACCUCAUUGUCCAUUUUGACUUGUAUGUUGUUUACAAGGUGAAAUAAAAGAAAAAUCACUUGAAUUUUAUGUUUUAGAAAAAAAGACAGUGAGUUGAAGUUUUGAAGGUCAUUUCACCUGUUUACUGUCUUGAGGGACUAAAGCACUGAUUGCCUUUUUACAUAUCAUGUAUUUUAUAUUCUCAUUUCAUGCCUAAUGUCUUUUUUUUUUUCCUGUCAGUCAUGGAUAUUGUGAGGUUUUAAAGAAUUACUUGAUUAAAAAUAAAACAUAUAACGUUGGCAUUUA